AUGUUGGCACUUGCUUUGUUUUUGACAUUUUUCGUGAUCACUACCCCAGUGAACAGCCUUCCACGGCUUCGCAAGGUCUCCUGCUCGCCUAACGAUGUAUAUCUGGGCAGAUCAGUCAACAUUACAUGGGAACUCGACGAGGAUCCCAGAAAACCCUCUCGUGGGGUAUUCUCAUGGCAAGUGUAUGCCCGCAAUGCGUUGAUCGAUGUGGAAGGACAACAGACGCCCAUUACGGGUCCAGCUGGAACAAACUUGCUGUCCGAGCCGAAUAUCGAGGCCCCCUUUGAUUGGUAUCGGUAUGGUCCAUACGGGCUGGUGAACUAUACUAAUCAACCUUUAUGCCUCAUUCUUCUAUCAAUUUUCUUCGCAUCUGAUUACUUUGAAGAAUAUCCGCAAUUUGUGAUCAACAACGUCAAUGCGUCUACCGGACAACACACAUUGCGAGUUGGAGAAGCUCUACGAUCUUUUGUGACGACCAAUGCACGGAAAAUUGAAGGCAACUUCCCUUAUCGCCUAUAUAUGCAGCUGACGUUUGCACCGCAGACGAACGCUCUGGGCGGUGUAAUUGCACCGGGUAACUUGACCGUUUUGCCUGCGUCACAGAAUGGGGGGAAGAAGAGGAGUAAACCUUCCGCACGUUCUGAAAUAUGGAGGAGGGUGAAGAAGGGCGUACCUGCGGUGGCUCCUAUAUAUGUGUCCCACGAAGCAUGA